ACUACCUAAAACCAUAGAUCGAGUAGUAAGAUCUAUGCUAAAAACAGUCCCUCAGCAAACAACAUACAAUACAAUGCAAGCUUGAAGCAGUGUAUGGUUGAGCAGCUUUACUACCAAUACACUAUAAUGAAGCUUGCAUGGUGUAUAGUCGUGGGACUGUUUCAAUGAGAGUAUUGACUAACAAAAGUUAGCGAAAGAAAAGAAUAAAGAGUACAACAUUCGUUCAGCAAAUAAUAUGCUGACUAGAAAUAUUCUCAGCUGGUUGGUGCUGCUCCUGACCCUAGCUACUGUUACCAGGAGUGAGCACUAUCACAUUGUGCCAGUGAAUUCAACUGACUUGUGUCAUGACUAUCGAAAUGGAACUUGUUUCACUCUCGAGCAGCUUGUUCAAACAGACCUGUUAUCUGGUGGAGACAAUCUCACAUUGAGCUUUCUACCUGGAGAUCAUGUGCUAAUUGAGCAGUUAUUGAUUCGUAACUUCUUACAUGUGCAUAUGACCGGCCAGAACACAAGUACAACUGUAGUCAAGUUCACAGCAAUGGUACGAUACGUUUUGUUAGUGCUACUGAAUUAUAUAUUGAACACUUGGAUUUUGUUGGAGCGAAUGUCGGACCACAAAACUCAUCACAUCGAGGAUUAAUCAUUGACAGUGCCCACGAUGUCUAUAUAAACGAUUGCUAUUUUAUGGAUUUUGAAUUACUCAAUCCGGCGGAAGCCAGCAUAGUUAAGAUUGUUACUCAAACUGCAACAAUUGAGAGCGCUCUCUUUAUGAACAACACUGGUCGGGCACUGCACGUUGAGGCUGGUGAUGUGUACAUAACAAAUAGUGUGUUCACUAGAAAUGAUGGAGGUGCAGUUGACAUUCAAUCAAGCAACUCACUGAUCAACAACACAGAGUUCAACUACAACAGUGCUGAGAGUGGAGGAGCAGUAGAAGUGGGAUCUGGUGCUGUAGUGAUCACUCGGUGUAACUUCACAAAUAACAAAGCUGUUCAGUUAGGUGGAGCGAUUAGUGUUGACUCAGGCAGUAGUGUGUCCAUCUUCAACUGUGAGCUGACAAAGAACAGUGCUGAAGAGAGUGGAGCGAUUGGUGUUUUCUCAGGCAAUGUGUCCAUCUUCAACAGCACACUGACUAACAACAGUGCUGACUCUGGUGGAGCAAUUGGUGUCUACUCAGGCAGUGUGUCCAUCUCAGACAGCACACUGACAAACAACAGUGCUUACUAUGGUGGUGGAGUGAUUAAUGUCAACUCAGGUAAUGUGUCCAUCUCCAACAGUACCCUGACAAACAACAGAGCUUACACUGGUGGAGCAAUUGUUGUUUACUCAGGCAGUGUGAUCAUCUCCGACAGCAUACUGAUAAACAACAGAGCUGAAGAGAGUGGAGCAAUUGAUGUUAACUCAGGUAGUAGUGUGUCCAUCUCCGACAGCACACUGACAAACAACAGUGCUAACUCUGGUGGAGCAAUUGGUGUUUCCUCAGGCAAUGUGUCCAUCUCCGACAGUACACUGUCAAACAACAAUGCAUACUAUGGUGGUGGAGCGAUCGAUAUCAACUCAGGUAAUGUGUCCAUCUCCGACAGCACAUUGACAAACAACAGUGCUAACUCUGGUGGAGCAAUUGUUGUUUCCUUAGGCAGUUUGAUCAUCUCAGACAGCACUCUGACAAACAACAGAGCUAAUAAGGGUGGAGUAAUUGAUGUUUCACCAACAGCCACCUUGAUCAUCAACAACACUAACAUUACUAAUAACAAUGCCAUGGUCAGUUUGAACAUUUUGCAGACUAAUGUGAAAUUCACUGGAUCGAAUAUUGUCAGCAAUAACAAUGGCCCUGUCUAUGCUUUCAAUAGUCGAGUUGAGUUUAAUGGACCUACAACACUUAGUAACAAUCGUGGUGUGUUUGGUGGAGCUCUCAGCAUUAUCCAGAGUCAAAUGUACAUUAACACAGAAGGUGUGAUCAUCACCAAGAAUACAGCUACCUCUGGAGGAGGGAUAUUUCUGAGAGAGAGUACACUCGUUGUAAAAGAAUCACUAAAGAUCUAUCAAAACACAGCACACCAGGAUGGUGGAGGAAUUUUAUGCAUAUUCUAGCAUAGUUGAGUUCCAAUCUGUGCUGAUGCUGGGUCCAGAUGGUUGGCUAGAUCUACUCCCUCCAAAUGAACAAAGUGAGAUUGAUGACAACAUUGCUACGAAUGGUGGAGGUAUUUAUGCAAUUGCUACGACCAUUAAACUUACUCAAUCAAAUGUUAACAUUAAAACAAACACAGCAACUGCUAGUGGAGGUGGAGUGUAUCUGCAACAAAAUUCGAAACUCUACAUAUUGAAAGAAGAACUUGAAUAUUCAUGUUGUUAUGUCAAGUUACUGAUUAACAACAACUCGGCUCAGUACGGAGGAGGGAUAUUUGUGGCAGAUGACACUGAGAGUAGUACUUGUAGAGGAGGGGCCACCACCACUAAUGUUACUCAGACAAUUGUUGCUGACUGCUUCAUUCAAACAAUUCAACUGUAUGAGAGGGACAGCUCUGAUGAUCGA